UGCUACUGCCUACCACUUUAGGUCCAUCUCUCAUCUCAUAUAUACACAAUGCAUGCUCCAGCUUCAUGGAACAGCUGCUGAGUUCCUCUCACAACAGAAACUAUCCUAUGUUCAAAACGAGAAAUAUAGCUCUGUUGUUGCUAGCUUGCUCUGAAACUCUGAAUGAAGCACUCCACGCGUGUCAUGACGCCUAGCUAGCCUGUUCCGCUGUUCGUCCUGAGGUAGCUGACCCCUGUCCUGAUCAUUCGAUCGGCCAUCAAGGCGGUGUCUCCGAGAUGGAGCCGUUCAUGCGGCGCUUCUUCCCGCGCGCCCUGGAGCGGAUGGCGUCGGCCAAGGGGAACGAGUACUGCAUCUACGACAGCCAGACGCUGACGGCCUUCACGUCGUCCCUGUACGUGGCCGGGCUGGUGGGCUCGCUCGUGGCCAGCCGCGUGACCAAGGCGACGGGCCGGCGGGCCAUCAUGCUCAUGGGAGGCGCCCUCUUCUUAGCCGGGGGCGCUGUGACCGGCGCCGCCGUCAACAUCGCCAUGCUCAUCGUCGGCCGCAUUCUGCUCGGCUUCGGCGUCGGGUUCACCAGCCAGGGGCUAAAACUGAGCAAGGUCCUCAAAGCACAAAGUGAUGUGGAACUCUCCCAACUUCGAAAAGAGGUCAGCGAGCUAAGAAAAGACACCGCGAAAAACACUAAAACGCUAACUACUUUGUCCAAAGAUUUUCUUGAAUGCAAAAACAUGGUCAAGGGUCUAACGGAGCAGAAGGAUGUAAUUCAGUCUGUCUUGGAGGCCAAGUAUAAAAGGAUUAGUGCCGAAGCCAUCAAGAAACAGGAAGAAAACAAUUCAGAAAUUUUUGGGCUUCUACAUCAGCUUGUCGAAGGUAACAAGAAGAAUCAUGAUAUCUUUGACGAACUUGCUGAAGAGAAGAAAAAGACCACUCAAUUGCUAAUAUCCAUGGCUGCUAUGCAAUCAACAGUGGAUUCUCUCUACGACAUAUGCUCAUGCUGCAAGCAACACAUGUAUGAUACCUUAUCUUUGGUUAGGGCACGACCGAAGCAGAUGAUCUUCAAGGAUGCGGAUACCAGCAAAGCUCUUAGAUGGAUGGAUGGCGAGGUUAAAGGUUUUUCCCCUGUCUUGGAUUCAAGUGGUGACUACUACGCCUUGGCCAAUGCACGAGGCAUUGCCUGCAUUCUAGAGAAGGCUGAUUGCUCCCACCUAAAGAUGAUGACACUAGGACUUAAACACUUUGGUGAACAACAUCCAAACCCCUUCAAACAUAAGGAUGUGCAGCAAAGGGGGAAUGAGGUAGCACGGGCCAAUGUCAAAGCUAAUAUGAAAAAAGUUGUGUUGGUCACUUGCUUCGGAUUGCUAUGUACAAUCAUAAAAAGGCAACACAAUGUUAAAAAGAUAAUCAAUCUUCAUUCUUAAGCAGAAAACGAAGGUUGAGACUUAACCAGACAAGUCAUGACUUAAUUGCAUAAAUAUAAUAUCGUAUUUCUCCUCUUUCGAAGGUUCCACAGAAUGAAUUAGAGCGAAGAGCGAAGGUGCUUUAGAGAAAAGAUUACACAACAAUUGUCCUGCCCUCCAAAAGGUAAUUUAUGCAGGACACUAUUCAUCUAUUUAUAGAGAAUCGUACAACUUCGUACGAAAUUACAUUUACACCCACAAGGACUACACACAUGAUUUACAAAUAAUGCAAGGGCAACAUUGUCUUUUGCUUUUAGCAUUCAGGAUGACUCUUCCUUGCAUCGUCUCCCUGUGUCGCUAUGACAAAGUUAGCUUCGUCGCCCCUCUAAUGUCCUGCAUCGAAGGUGUUCUAGUGCCGAAGCUCCUAUAAUACUUGGCAACCAAUGGUUAAACGUGUUUUUAAGGACCUUUAAAAGACCAAGGCCCCAACAAGUUGGUUAUUCACCUUUCAUUUAUUUUUGCAUUAUUCUUCUAGUAUUGAGUCCUUAUAUUUUCCUUGUCGAAGGUGGAUGAGUUGGCUAAGAAACACAAAGAGGCGUAGAAAAUCAAGUUGACCAAAGUAAAGAAAAAAGAUGAGGGUCAUUCAGUGUCGCCCGCUGACUAGGUGUAAAGCUUGUACACUAGGGCGUUGACAAAGAUUCGUUAUGGUGGAGAUAUCUCAACCUUUGAUUCCGCUAAGGACCCAUCACCAGGAGCUAAUUUAGGGGUAUUUAUCGAGGUUAGUUGACCCUGAUAAAAUUUAUAAAUAUUUUAACAAAACACUGUUAAAGUUCAUAAAUAUCUACAUUAUAUAACAAAACUUAGGCUUUUCGUAUCU